CUCAGCCCCUUCGGCUGGAGGCUCGGGUUUAUCUGGAACUAAAGAGAAAGCUAUUCAGGAGCUGUGCGCCGCCAGGUGAAGGAAGACUCCGUUUUGGACGCUGGGGGGGAGCGAGUGAGGACCGAGGGCCGGGAAUUUGACUUUUUCUGUAUAAACUCGGGUUUGUGAGGGCGAGUGGGGAGCUAUGGCGGUGCUCUCUGCGCUUUGGGUGCUUUUAUUGUCCCAACUAUUGAUAUCAUCCUCAGCCCAGAGGCCAGGCCUCAGAGGAGCUCCUGGCCUACAAGGACCCCCAGGGCCAGCAGGAAGGGAUGGCACUGACGGUAAACCAGGACCUCCCGGUCUGCCAGGGAAACCAGGUCCCAAAGGGAAAGCAGGAAAACCAGGGGGACCAGGACAACAAGGACUGCCGGGACUUCCAGGUGUAGAUGGUUUGACAGGUCCUGAUGGUCCUCUUGGCAGGGAUGGACCCCCAGGAGAACCAGGUGAAGCAGGUCCUCCUGGGCCACCUGGACCUCCUGGCAGAGGGAGACCAGGAUCUUCAGGACUUCCCGGCACCAACGGGUUGCCAGGCGGACCCGGACCCCAGGGCCCAGUGGGUCCUGAGGGUCUUCCAGGACUACCGGGACCUACUGGCCCAGAUGGACUCCCAGGUCUUCCCGGUACACUUCAUGAUCUCAAUGGAGACCUUCUGUGUCCUGCAAUCUGCCCCCCUGGCCCCCCUGGUCCUCCGGGAAUGCCGGGAUUCAAGGGUCACACUGGGCAUAAAGGAGACAAGGGAGAAUCUGGAAAAGAUGGAGAGAAAGGUGAUGCUGGACCACCGGGUCCACCAGGUCUUCCUGGCACUGUGGGUCUGCAGGGUCCACGUGGUCUAAGAGGUUUACAAGGCCCAAUGGGACCUGUAGGCGACAGAGGCUUCCCUGGUUUCAGAGGCAAGCCUGGCAUCCCUGGCAUUAUUGGAAAGACAGGUGAUGGCGGAGAAAAAGGACCACAGGGAUUCAAAGGACCCAAAGGAGAAAUAGGUAAAAUUGGUCCCAAAGGAGCUUCUGGUGGACCAGGGCCCAAAGGAGAGCCUGUAAUUGGAGAGAAAGGACCAAAUGGCCUUCCUGGUCUGCCAGGAAAGGCUGGUACAAAAGGAUCUAAAGGAGAAGCUGGUGAUCCAGGAAAGCCCGGGGAGAUGGGACCCUCUGGAGAGCCAGGUAUUCCUGGUGAGAUUGGCAUCCCAGGAGAGAGGGGGAUAGCAGGUCCAAGAGGAGUGGCGGGAGGUAUUGGACCAGUGGGCAACCCUGGGCCUCAGGGAGUGAAAGGCUUCCAGGGAGUCAAAGGAGACUUGGGAGAUCCGGGUCUUCCAGGACCAACGGGAAUUCGUGGAGAAUUUGGUGACAGGGGCCCAGUCGGGGCUUCUGGACCUAAAGGAGACAUGGGUGUUGCAGGAAGUGAUGGGUUACCAGGAGAGAACGGAGAUCCUGGUCCCUUUGGGCCAGUUGGACAAAAAGGGCAGCCGGGGAAGCGAGGUGAACUGGGGCCUAAAGGCGUGACGGGUCCACAAGGAGAAGUUGGGGGAAGAGGGCUUCCAGGAAAAGAAGGCCCAAUGGGCUUCCAAGGGGAACAGGGUGUGCCUGGACUUCCAGGAAAGAGAGGUGUACCUGGUAAACUGGCAAGUGAGCAACACAUCAGAGAGCUAUGUGGCCCAAUGAUUGAUGAUCAGGUUGCACAACUGGCUGCCAACCUGCGAAGACCCCUGGCACCUGGAAUGGUGGGCCGCCCCGGCCUUCCAGGGCCGCCAGGAAAGCCAGGAGUUGCAGGCUCUAUUGGUCAUCCAGGUGCCCGAGGUCCACCAGGGUACAGAGGCCUGCCAGGAGAACUUGGAGAUCCAGGUCCCAGAGGUGAUGUUGGUGAGGCAGGUGAUAAGGGAUCCAUUGGUAAAGCCAUUGAUGGGCCUCCCGGAGACCGAGGAUACCAAGGUCUUCCAGGGGUACCUGGAAUUGUUAAAGAUGGGCGCGAUGGCUCUCCAGGAGAUCCAGGUGAGCCCGGAGAGCAAGGCAGAGUAGGCAGGACUGGGCACCAAGGACCUCCUGGAAUCUGUGACACAUCAGCUUGCCAGGGAACAUCACCUGCUGGGAAAUCCUCUAACCCCAAAAACAAAUAAGCAUAAGUUCCUGCACCCUGACACCAUCCACUCCGAGGUGAGAGUCAUAAGUGAGGAUAAAAGGAAUGAAAGAAGAGAGUGGCCACAAAAAAAGUCCUCUUUAUUUAAAUACAUGCAUCACAAGUUGGGAAGAGUAACAUCAGAUGGUGUGAUAUUUUUGACAAAAUAGAGGAACAUCCAGGAAGUGACAUGAACAUCAGCGCAACUGAGAGACAAAAAAAACAAACAACGUUAUGAUAUGAAAUGGAGAGAGGUAAGGAGAAGUGCAAGAGAACAACUGCAUUGAUCCAAGUACUAUCACAUGACAAGACUUGACUUACAAACACCUGGAAAGUGAAUGAUGAGUCCUUUGUGUAUAAAAACUUUGUACAUGUUGCUUCAACGCCCCAAACACUUUGAUUAACAUCCUUUUGGAGAUAACACUAAAAAAAAUGGCGACUGUCUCUGAUGUAAAUGUGCAUUUAUCAUGGCCCAUUAUGUAAAUCACAGAUGUUACCUCAACAUGGAAAUAAGUGCAAGAAGCAUAAAAGCCUCUGUGGAGGAGCUGUGUAUGUACUGUAAAAGGAAUAAAAAACAAAAAUCCAGGUUCCCAGACAUUGUGUAGAUUAAUGCAAGAAAAAAAAGGUUUGAUAGUCUUUUUUUACAGCUUGUUUUCUGUUAUUGUUUUUUUUUAUGACAUGUGAAUUUGAUUCUUCAGACUUCAGAAUCAAAAGCAAAAUAAACUCAUGAAAGCAUAAAUCACACAUUGUAAAAUACAGUUUAAGAAUUUUAGGAACAAAGUAUUUUUUUUCCAAUCUGCAAUGACCACAUCCACUAUGUACUACCGGUGCUGUAACUAUUAAAUAUACAUGACUUUAAAUACUAUUUAUUAUUUGUGGGUGACUGUUGUAUGUACAGUAAGAUGCUACAGCGACAUGUUGUAAGAAAGAACAAAUAA